AUGCAUGAUCGAGUCGCACAGUUAGAGAAGUUGGUUUUGUCAUUGAAGGAUUGCGAGGACAGCAGUCGCGCACAGCAUUCAUUCUCAGCUGCUCAAGCUAAUCAUCCCGCGGAUGCGUCGCAGCUGCCGUCGACCUUCGGCAGGAUCAGUCUAGAGAACGAAGAGACUAAUUACGUUGAGGGCUCACACUGGACGGCCAUUCUGGAUGGAAUUGCCGAGCUGAAGGAUUUCUUCGACGACACCGACGUGCCCCAGCCGGCUGAAUUAAAUACCAGUCGUAUGGGCUCGGAGUGGAACCUUCAGGCGCGCCGACCUGCACUUAUCUUCGGAGAUGUUCAGUAUCUCGAUAGAGACGAGAUUCUGGCAUCAGUUCCACCGAGGCCAACGGUGGAUCGACUCUUAGCCACGUACUUCAACUCGAAAAAUAUCAAUACUCUUGCCAUUCAUGGCCCGACAUUCUUAGAGGAGUAUGAUCGAUUUUGGGAAUGUCCAGCAAAGGCCUCUAUCAUGUGGAUUGGUCUUCUAUUCUCCAUGAUUUGCUUGGCAGCAAUACAUCAGCAGCUUGAAAGACCAGCCUCCGACCAGCCGGCAUCACUCGCGCAGGAUUUUGAAGAAAUACAUGGAAUGCAGGUCUACCGUGACCGGGUUGGCCAGUGUCUUGCUCUAGCGGACUACACCAAGUGCGUGCCAUACACCAUCGAAACGCUCUUACACUACUUGGCGAUUGAAUACCUCAAUAUCACCGACAGCCAGACCAGCGUUUGGAUCCUACUGGGCAUUACUGUGCAGAUAGCGUUACGUAUGGGCUAUCAUCGCGACGGAUCCCACUCUUCGCAUUUGUCGCCGUUCCAGGCCGAGAUGCGGCGCCGAGUGUGGGCAAUCAUCUUUCAACUCGACUCAGCAGCGGCCGGGCAAUAUGGCCUUCCGCGCAUGAUCAACGCGGGCAAGGUAGAUACUGCGGAACCUCGAGAUCUCAGCGACGACGCCCUUGGCCCCGAAAUGACAGAAUUGCCCCCGUCUCGAUCCGACUCCGCGCCAAGCUCUAUUCAAUUUUUAGUCAUGAAAAACAGACUGGUGUCCACCUUCAACCUCGUCAUUGACCUUACAAGUUCGCCGAAGCAAGUCGUUUCCUACGCGGAAGUUAUGAGACUGGAUAGGAUCCUGAACGAGCAGUUUACAUCCAUGCCGGUUCCGCUACGCAUGCGUUCAAUGAGCAGACAACUCACGGAUGCCUCGGAUGUGAUUCUGAAUAGAGUGUUUCUAGCCUUGACCUUCUACAAGUCGCGCUGUAUACUGCAUCGAGAGUACAUGCUGGCGGGUCGGUCGGAUAGUCGAUACUUGUAUUCUCGCAGGUCUUGUAUCAACGCUGCCUUGGAAAUCCAGCACAUCCAAGCUAGUCUGCACGAAGAAUCCCAGCCUGGGAGGCGUUUCUAUCAUGAACGAUGGAAAUAUUCCGCCUUGGUCAAGCAUAUCUUUCUCCUAGCAACCACAAUUCUCUGUGUCGACCUCGACUAUAGCAUCCGAGACAGAAAUAACGAAAGUGGAAUCACGGAUGAGUUUUCAGACCGAGUCGUUCAAUCAUUGACAAACUCCUGCUCCAUUUGGCUCCAAUCAAGCGACAAGUCCCGCGAAAGCCAAAAGGUUACCGAGAUGCUGCGAAUUGUGCUUGGAAAAGUCCUUCUCCUCUAUCAUACGACCAAUCCUCCUACCCAACGUUUUCAACAGAUCCGCUGCCGUUUGUAA